AUGGUCUCGGUGCUCCUCCCGCUGCUGCUCCUGCUGCUGCUGCCACCGUGCAGCAGAUGCCUCGCCGGGCGACGGGUCCGGCCGAAGCCUCCCUUGCGCUUCACCAGCCUAUCCUACAACGCCUCCAUCUAUGAGAACUCGGCGCCCGGCACGUGCGUGGAGAGCCAUGACAAGAUGGGGAUCUACGUCCACCGCUCGGCCUCCGGGGCCCGGUACGCCAUCGUGUCCGGGGACGAGGCGGCCGCGUUUAAGGCGGAGGGACUUGUCGUGGGCGACUUUCGCUUCCUGCGCAUCCGCGCCGGGAACGUGCCGUUGGACCGCGAGCGGCGCGGCGCCUACACGCUGCGGGUGAAGGCCUUUACCAAGAACGGCCACGCUUCGGCGUUUGCCACCGUCUUCGUCCAGGUGAUGGACCGCAACGACCAGAGACCGCUGUUUUCGGCGGCGUCGUACGCCGCGAGCAUUGCCGACGACGCCCCGGCGGGCACCGUCGUCCUCCGCGUCGCCGCCACGGACGCCGACGAAGGCCCCAACAGGCGCUUCCGUUACUCGCUGGCGCAGCGCUCGGACGUGGUCGCCGUGCACCCGACGAGCGGCGCGGUGAUGAUCGCCAGGAGCCUGGUGGAGCCCGGCGACGUGGCACUGCACGAGCUGACGGUGCUGGCCGUCGACAGCGGUGGGCUGAACAGCUCGGCACGCGUCGCGGUGAACGUGAGCCGGGCCAACGCCCACGCCCCGCGUGUCGCGGUCGUCGCGAGCCGCGAGCCGCGGGCAUCGAUCGCCAACCACGCCGCCGCCGCGUACGCAGAGCUGGCGGCGGAGGACCACGACGCCGGCCCCGAGGGGGAGAUCCGCGCGGUGGAGAUCGUCGCCGGCAAUCCCCUCCAGGCGUUCUCCGUCGCCCCGACGGACGGCGCCGGCCCUGCCUCGGCCUACGCGGUGAGGCUCUCGGGACGGCUGGACUGGACGGACUUCCCCUUUGGGGUGAACCUCACCGUGCAGGCUCGCGACGGGGGGAGGCCGCCCAGGUACUCGCAGCCCGUCACGGUUACGGUCCGGGGGGGCGGCGCCGCCGGCGCGUUCGAGCGGCGCGUCUACGCGGGCGCCGUCGAGCGGCGGUCUCCGCCCCGCGCCGUCGUGCUCGCGGUCAGAGCCUCUUGCGGCGCGCGGAGCUGCCGAUACGUCGUCCGAGGCGGCGCCGACGGCGACUUCUUCGCCGUGAACCCCGCCACCGGGGUCGUCUCCGUCCGUAAGCACCUGACGGCGGUCGACAGACGCCGUUUCGAGUUCGACGUCGGGACCGACGCCGGCUCGCGCGUCGCCAGGGUCGCGAUUGACGUCGUGGACUACAACGACCACGCCCCGGCGUUCGAGCGGCACAACUACUCCGCCUCUUUGAGCGAAGACGUCCCGGCGGGCGCCUUCGUAAUCAUCGUGCACGCCGCUGACGAGGACGAGGGCGACAACGGCCGCGUGACGUACGGCCUAGCGGACACCGAGCCCGGCCCCUUCGCCGUUGACCCCCGCACGGGCAUCGUCGUGACGACGGGGCCGCUGGACCACGAGGAGACGGCGGGGGUCUACUGGCUGCGCGUGCGAGCCUCGGACUGGGGGACUCCGUUCCGCCGGGAGGCCGAGGUGACCGUGACGGUCCACGUCGCCAACGUGAACGACAACGCGCCCGUCUUCGAGUCUGUGGACUGCGUCGGUGAGAUCCCCCGGAACCUCCGGCCAGGCCAGAAGAUUUUCACCGCGUCGGCCAUCGAUGCCGACGAGCUCCGGCCAACGUUCUACGGCAUCGCGACCGGGAACGAGGGCGGCUUCUUCUCGAUGAACGGCGCCCUCGGCGUCGUGACGCUGGCACGCUCCCUCGCCGACGUCGCCGUCGGGCCGGCGGGGGCCUUCCGUCUGGGCCUCACAGCCACCGACGGGGAGCUCUUGGCGGAGACGGCGUACCUGAACGUCUCGGUCGUGGACGCCGCUCCCGGACGUGCGCCGUCGUGGCGAUGCGCCGAGACAGGGAUCGCCCGCAAGAUUGCCGAGAGGAUCCACCGGGCAAACCAACGGAGAAACCGCCCCGUCGCCGCAAGCGCCGUCAAUCGGCACGCGCCGGCGUUCGCCGCCCCGGCAGUCACCGUCGAAGUCCGCGAGGACCUGCCCGUCGGGGCUGAGGUCGCCCGAAUGGAGGCCACGGAUCCCGACGACGGCUUCGAGGGUACGCUGCUGUACACACUGAUGGACCACGACGGGGCGAGCGGCUUCGCCGUCGACGCGGAGACGGGCGUCGUGAGGGUCCUGCUCCCGCUGGACCGCGAGGCCGCCGCGUCCUACCUCGGGAACGUCGUCGUCCGCGACCUGGGCACGCCGCGGCGCUCGGCCAGCGCCACCCUCCGCGUCACCGUCUUGGACGUCAACGACAACCCGCCGGAGUUCUCGCGGAGCGUCUACGCGGCCCGGGUGCCGGAGAGCGCGCGGCCAGGCCACGAGGUGCUCCGGCUGGAGGCCGCCGACCGCGACGAGGGCGCCGCGGGCGCAGUGCGCUACCGCCUGCUGUCCGGCACCGACCUCUUCCGCGUCGACGCCAAGACGGGCGCCCUGCUGGUGGCGGCGCCGCUGGACCGCGAGCGGCAGGCCGGCCACGCGCUGCUGGUGGAGGCGUCGGACCUGGCGCCCAAGAGCCGCCUCUCUUCUGUCGCCGCGGUGACCGUGACGGUGGGGGACGUCGACGACCACGCGCCUGCUUGCCCGCCGGGCCCCCUCCGUCUCCGCGUGCCCGAGGACGUCCCCGUGGGGGCCGUCCUCGGCUGGCUGGACGCUCGCGAUCCCGACCUGGGGCCGGCCGGGGAGGUGCGCUACUCGCUGCCGCCGGGCGAGGGGGGCGACGGGGGCGACGCGUUCUGGGUGCACGAGACGAGCGGGGCCCUGCGCGUGGCGCGGCCGCUCGACUUCGAGAGGCGCCGCCGCUACGAGCUGAAGGUGGCCGCGCGCGACGGCGACCCGGCGGGGCCGCCGCCCUCGGCCGCCUGCCGGGCGACGGUGGAGGUGGCGGACGUGGACGAGAACGGCCACGCCCCGCGGUUCGCGGAGUUCGCGAUGGCCGCCGCCACGCGGGAGGAUGCCCCCGUGGGGGCCGUCGUCAUCGCCGUCACGGCCACGGACGAGGACGAGGGGCUGGACGGGGAGGUGCGGUACUCCCUCAUUGACGACUCCAGCCUGGGCGUCUUCAGCAUUCAUCCUGAGAAUGGGAUGAUCGUCACGGCGCAGCCGCUGGAUCGCGAGGCUGUGAGCGGCUACUGGCUGGCGGUUCGCGCUACGGACCGCGGAGUCGUCCCUCGCUUCUCCACGCUGCACGUCUACGUGGAGGUGCAGGACGUGAACGACAACCCCCCGCAGGCGUCGCGUCCGUGGUACCAGGCCUCCGUGGCGGAGAACUCCGAUGGGGGCGUCCGGGUGGUGCAAGUGGACGCCUGGGACCUGGACAAUGUGGGUGCCCGCAGCAGGGGCCUCGCGUUCAACAUCGUCAGCGGAGACCCACAGGGAUUCUUCACCAUAAACCGCACAACAGGCGUCAUCCGCACCAGCAGCAGCAGCAGGCGGCUGGACAGAGAGAAGCAGGCGGAGCACGAGCUGGAGGUGUCCAUCAUGGACGGCGGCACGCCCCCGCGUGAAGCGAGGGUGGCGGUGACGCUGAGCGUCUCCGACGAGAACGACAACGCCCCACGCUUCCACCGCAACCUGACGCGCGUCUACGCCGUGGUGGCAACGGAGCCCAAGGCGGUGGCCAUCGCACGCGUCUACGCUGCCGACGCCGACCGGGACGGCAACGGCGCGGUGUCGUACACCGUCCGCGGGUGGCACAACGAUUACUACUCCGAUGAGCACGGAGUCGUCUACAGCAAGAUCAACUCUCACCGUGCGGGGACAUUCCACUCCAUCUUGGUCCAAGCCAGGGACCGGGGAGAACCGCCAACCUUGUCGUCGACAGCCACCAUCCAAGUGGAGUGGAUCUCCAAUCCCCGGCCGCCGAAGAAGCCCGCGACUUUUGCCCGGAGCCGGCACGCGGUCACCGUGGUGGAGACGGCCGCCGUGGGGUCCGUGGUGAUCGCCCUGUCCACGCAGACCACGGGGACACUCCUCUGGUUCAGCAUCACAGGCGGCGACGUGGAGCGCAGGUUCCACGUGACGGAGCACGGCGGCGUGGUGGAGGUGGCCAAGCCGCUGGACGCCGAGCGGUUCUCCUCCUACCAGCUGACCGUCGCGCUCACUGACGGGACCAACGCUUCAACCACCCUGGUGGUGGUGACGGUGCAGGACGUGAAUGACCACCGGCCCCGCUUCUCCCGUGACCUCUACGAGGCGACCGCCACGGAGGAGGAGGAGGCGUCUGCCAGCACCGCCCCGAUCCUGCGGCUGGAGGCGACUGACGCCGACGUCACCGCCCGCCUCUCCUUCUUCCUCGUCGGCUUGGGCGGCGGUGACGCGGUGGAGAGCCUUCGUCGGUUCCGCGUAGACCACGUCACCGGCGAGGUCACCGCCGCCGAGAGGCUGGACCGAGAGGCAAAGCGGAGCCACGUGCUCACCGUCAUGCAGGUGCAGAACGGCAGGGUCCCCGUGAGGCGAGCGUACGCCACGGUGACGGUGAGCGUCGACGAUUCCAACGACCACGCGCCCGUCUUCGCCGGCGGCCCCUACGAGGCCCUCGUGGCGGAGUCGGCGGCCGUGGGCUCCGCCGUGGUGCGCGUCGUGGCGCUGGACCGCGACGAAGGCCCCAACGCCGACGUCAGCUACAGCAUCAGACAUGGAAACGUGGGGAAAUCUUUCACCGUCCACCGCACGCGGGGCGUCAUCUCCGUGGCGAGGAAGCUGGAUGGCUCUGCGGUGGAGGCCUACGAGCUGGUGGUGAGGGCGGGGGACAAGGGGCGCCCGCGCCGCUUCACCAAUACCACGGUCCGCGUCGUCGUCGUCGCCGCCGCCGCCGCCGUGUACGGCACCCGCCCCAAAUUCGCCUCCGGUGGAGUUGGCUACUCGGCGGAGAUCGCCGAAGGGGCCGCGCCCGGGAGCGUCGUGCUCGCGGUCGGCACCUCCGGCUGGUCGAUGGUCACCUUUGAAAUAUUGGAGGGCGAUUCCCAAGGCACCUUCGACAUCCACCCGACGUCCGGGGUCAUCGCCACCAAGCGACCGCUGGACCGCGAGCGGACGCCGUCGUACCGGCUGACGGUGCGGGCCACGGACGCGGCGAGCCUCUCGGCGGACGUGUCGGUGUCGAUCGGCAUGCUCGACGAGAACGACAACGCGCCCGUCUUCGAGCGCCCGCGAUACCGCGGCGCCGUCGGCGAGGAGGCGCCGGCGGGAACCGCGGUCACGGACCCCGACGGCGCCCCGCUCGUCGUCCGGGCCGCCGAUGCGGACGACGGCGAGGGGCGUGCGACGGUCGCCUAUCAGAUCGUGGAGCACGAAGCCAGGAAGUUCUUCUCCGUUCACCCGCACACGGGGGCCGUCAGGACCGCCGGCGCCCUCGACCGCGAGACGACGGCCGAGUUCCGCUUCCGGGUGGCCGCGUUGGACGGCGGCAGCCCGAGUCUGUCCUCUGAGGUGCCGGCCGAGGUGACCGUCGCCGUGCUGGACGCCAACGACUGCCCCCCGGCGUUCUCGAUGGCCGCGUACGAGACGGCGCUGCACGUGCCGACCCGCGCCGGCGUCCGCCUGCUGACCCUGGAGGCCCACGACCCGGACGUCGGCGCCGCGCUGACCUACCGCGUCGCCUCGGGAAACGUCGGAGGCGCAUUCGCCGUCGACGAGCGCACCGGGGAUGUCGCGGUGAGGAACUCCUCCCUCCUCGCCGCCGGCUACGAGCUCGGGGUCGAGGUGUCCGACGGGAGGUUUUUGAGCGCCGCGCGGGUGAAGGUCUCCGUGUGGGUGGUCGGCGGCAGGCUGCGGGUUCCGCCAAAGUACUCUGCGCGCGUGCUCGAGAACGCCGCAGCGGUCGACGUCGUGGCCACAGUCGUCGCGACGGGGGGAGACCUCGACGAGCCGCUGGCUUUCCGCUUGCUCAGCCCGAGCGGCGCGUUCCGGAUGAGGCGGAGGGCGGGCGUCCUGGAGACGACCGGCGUCGCGUUUGACCGUGAGGAGCGCGACCGCUACGAGCUGCUGGUGGAGGUGAGGGGCGACUCCCGGGCGCGCCCGGACGUCGCUCACACGACGGUCGAGGUGCACGUCGAAGAUGUGAACGACAACGCCCCGGCGUUCGUCGGCCUGCCGUACCGCGCCGUUGUCGUGGCGACUGCGGCGCCGUGGAGCGCCGUGCUCACCGUCGCGGCCCUCGACCGGGACGUCGGCGAGAACGCCAGGGUGAGGUACUCGUUGAGGGACGACCACAACGGCCGCUUUCACAUCAGCCCUUCGGGCGGCGACGUCUCGCUGACGAAGAGCUUCACCCCGGACGAGUCGGGCAAGGACUUCGUCGUGACCGUCGUGGCGACGGACAGCGGGACCCCUCGGCUGUCGUCCGCGGUCGACGUCACGGUCACGGUGCUCGCUGCAGACGCGCCGGCGUUCGAGAGCCCCUCCUACGUCGCGUGGGUGCCCGAGGACGUCGGGCCGCCCGCGCCGAUCGCUCACGUCCGCGCGACGGCCCCGGAGGGCCUGCCUCUCGUUUUCUCCAUUGUCAACGGCGACCCCUUCGACCAGUUCUCCGUCGACUUCGUCACGGGCGUCGUGAGCGUCGUCGGCCCGCUGGACCACGAGACGCGGGCCGCCCACCGCCUCACGGUGCGAGCCGCCUCCCUGGCGACGGGCUCGCACGCCGACGCGAGCCUGGAUGUCAUCGUCGGAGACGUCAACGACAACCGGCCGUUCUUCGCGCAGGGAACCUACGCCGCCACGCUGUUUGAAUCUGCGCCCCCGGGGACCUCCGUCGUCCAUGCGAGAGCUGUCGACGUCGACGCCGGCUCCGACCGGGCGCUCCGCUACGAGAUCGUGGACGACGGGGAGAAGGGCGGCGAGGGAUUCUACGUAGACCCCGACAGCGGGCUGGUCGUGACCACGGCGUUCCUGGAUUACGAGCGAAGCCGGCUUCGUCGUUUCUCGGUGAGGGCGACAGACGGCGGCGAGCCUCCCCUUGCAUCCGAUGUCAUGGUGAUCGUCGCCGUCAAGAACGAGAACGACAAUGCCCCGUUGUUCGAGCGGCCGUUGUACGAGGUGUCCGUGGGCAGUCUAGCUUGGCCCGGGAACUUCGUGGCCGCGCUGAGGGCGUUUGAUGUUGACGUGUCGGACGCCUACCGGCUGCGGUACGCCAUCGUCUCCGGUGAUGACGACCCCGCGAACUUCGCAAUCGACGCCGAAACGGGCGUCGUCUCCGUCGCCGCCCGCCCUCAGAAGAAGCCGGCCGCUCGCUACCACCUCCGAGUCUCCGCCACAGAUGGCGCAUUCGUCGCCGAUGCCAUGGUAGUGGUUGACGAGCGGCCCGCCAACCGGCACGACCCCACCUUCGGGCGGGCCCAGUACGUGGCCAAGAUCCCCGAAAACUCCGAAGCAGGAACUCCGGUGGCCUCGGUGCGGGCCACGGACGCCGACGCGGGCGCUUUUGGGCAAGUAUCGUACUCCAUCGCGAACCGGUUCGCCCGCGACCACUUCGCCAUCGACGAGAGCGGGCGGAUCUUCGCGAGGGCGCCCCUCGACAGGGAAGACCCCUUGCAGAGGGCCGUGGACAUCUGCGUCAAGGCCUGGGACGGUGGAGGCAGGGCGGCCUUCGUCACGGUCAAGGUGGUCGUGACGGACGAAAACGACAACGUGCCCCGGUUCAUUGCCGCCGAGUACUCGGGCGGCGUCGCGUCGAGCGCCGCCAAGAGAACUCUGGUCCUGCGGGUCACCGCCACGGACCGCGACGAGGGGAUCAACGCGGCGGUCGUCUACUCGCUCCGGAAGGGGCAGGACCCGGACGCCUCCGAGGACGUCCUGGAGGUGGAGCCCCUGACGGGCCACGUCUUCACCAAGGGCGGCGGCCUCGCCGGCCUGGAGGGUUCACGGCUGUCGUUCUUCAUCGUGGCGGUGGACGGCGGCGGGCGCUCCGCCGCCGUCCCCGCCUCGGUCUCCGUGCUGCCCGCCGGCUCGGCAGCGCCGGCCUUCGCCGAGGCGGCCUACGAGCUGACGGUCGCGGAGGACGCGGCGGUGGGGAGCGAGGUCGGCGCGGUGGCGGCCGCGCUGGCGGGCGACGAGAUCGCCGCGUACGCCGCGGUGGCCGGCGGCGGCGGCGCGGUGGCGGACGGCGGCGCGUUUGCGGUGGUCGCCGGCGAUGGGCGGAUCGUGGUGGCGAGGGCGCUGGACCGCGAGGCCGCGGGGAGCCACCGCUUCGAGGUGAGGGCCACGUGGCGGCGGGGCGGAGCCGACGUCACGGCGCAGGUCCCGGUGACGGUGCGCGUGGAGAACGUGGAAGACAACAUGCCUGCGUUUGAGUCGAGCACCUACGAGGCCGCCGUGUUGGAGAACCUACCGGGCGGGGUGCUGCUCGUGCAAGUGAGAGCGACGGACCGAGACGGCGGUGCCCGGCCGCUGUACAACUUGGUCGAGCCGCUGGAGAGCGACGCCGGAGGAGCGGAGUCACUCUUCACGGUGGAUGCCGACAGCGGCUGGGUGAGCACGCGGAGCCGGCUGGACUGCGAGGCCCGUGACCGGCACCACCUCCUCGUCGAGGCUUUCGACCCGGCCCGCCCUGAGCGUGCACCGGCCGUCGCCGAGGUGAUCGUCACCGUGAACGAUGACAACGACCACCCUCCGCGCUUCUCGGCCCCGUUGAUCGACGUCCGCGUGCCGGAGGAUGCGGUGCCUGGCCUGGCGUUGGCCGUCAUCCAGGCGGACGACGCGGAUGCCACGCCGCAAAACCGGAAUCUUACGUACCACCUGACAGGCGGCGACCCGCUGGGCCACUUCUCCCUCGGUCCCGAUAAGAGCGGGGGCAAGUGGCGGCUGCGUCUGGAGCGGCCGCUUGACCGGGAGAAGCAGGAGCGCUACCAUAUGCUGGUGAAGGCCGCUGACGGCACCUUCACGAGGACGGUCGUCGUGGCCGUCACCGUGCUGGAUGUCAACGACAACCGCCCCUUGUGUGACAAGCUGUGGUACAACAUCACUGUACCGGAGGACAUCGCCCCGCAAGUCUUCCUGCUGAGCGUUUCAGCCCGUGACUCCGAUUCCGGCUCUAACGGAACCGUCAGAUACUCGCUGCACGGUGCCGGAGCGACGCUCUUCCGCUUGGACCCCGUCAGCGGGAAGCUCUUCACGCUGGCGCCACUGGACCACGAGGCCUCCCCGGCCCACGCGCUCGGCGUGAUCGCCACUGACGGGGGUGGCCUCUCCUGCCGGGCGGAGAUCCUCGUGAGGGUGGGGGACCUGGACGACUCGGCCCCGCGCUUCCCCGUGGGGUCACCCCGUGCCGUCGCCCUGCACUGGAGCAACGCCAACGUGGGGAUGGUGGUGACGAGCAUGCACGCCGUCGACUCCGACCUGGGCCCCCACCGCAGGGUCACUCACUCUCUGCUGAACUCUGCCGGCGACCGCUUUGCCAUCGACGGCCGCUCGGGCAUCAUCACCGUCAAGCGUCUGCUGGAGCGCCGUGCCGUCUACAACCUCACGGUGCAGGCCCGCAGCGGUGGAGGAGUCUCGCUGAUGCCGCCCCCCACCACCGCCGUGAUUUCCGUGUCCCUCCACGACGACGACCGUGGCGUUGCCGCCGCCCCGGCAUUCCGGCAGCUGGCCUACCGCGCCGCCAUGCCAGAGGACGCGGCACCGGGCACCGCGGUCAUUGCCGUGGAGGCCGUCUUGAGCGGGGGGGGCGCGGUGAGCUACGGAAUCGCCAGCGGCAACGAGCUCAGGGCAUUCGACGUCGACCGGAAGCUCGGCGUGAUAAGCGUCGUGGCGAAGGCCCUGGACUACGAGAAGCGCCGCCACCACUACCUGACGGUGUGGGCGGCCGCCGCCGGCGACGACACCGCCGCCUCGCCCAGCGCCGUCACCGUGGUGACCGUGGACGUCACUGACGUCGAUGACGGCGCUCCGCGGUUCGACCGGGGCUCGUAAAGCGCUGUCGUGGGGGAAGACGCCCUGCCUGGUAUCGCGUGCCACCUCCUUCGCCGUUUCGGCAUCCGUUGA